AGCCUUAGGCGUUAGCUUUCUUAUUUUCUACUAAAAUUUCUAGACUAGUCUAGACUUAGACUUAUUGAGACUGCAUUCACAUUCAUCAUUGGCAUUGUCACUCAUUGUGAGAUUGUGACUACAUUCUACACUAUAUUCUUCUAAUUUCUAAUCAUCACAGACUAUGACAGACAUCUCAGCUAGUCUACUGAUCUAGUCAAAAUCAAAUCUAGUAUUCUAGUCUUGUUUAAGUUUAGAAGAGUCUUCUAGAAUUAUAUAAUAUUAUUAUUAUAUUACUCAAUCUCAUUACUCAUAUUAAAUAUUCAUAUUGUUAUGACUACACUUUAUAACUUUACUAAUAUAGAUCUACUUAAAGAUACUAUGACUAUUUCACCUGAAUAUGUCUAUUCUAUGAUUUAUGGUGUUUGCAAACUUUGUUUACCAUUCCUUCUGCAGCACAAUCAGUUGAUUUUUCGAUCUUCAAAAGUAGAGUAGAUUUUCAGUAGUCCUACUCCUACAUACAUCUAUCUAGGUUUAGAUCUAGAUCUAUCUAUGUCCAUGAGAAUGGCCAAAGUCAGCAAAUUCAAAGUCCUCAAAGCAUUUUCGUUGGUUAUUUUAUUAAAUGCAGCAGCAAUCAGAAGUGACACAGGUGGUCAACCUCAAAGAAAGGAUGAUCAAAUAGACCCAACAGAUAUUCUUAAUUUUGAUCAAGUCAACAUGAGAAUGAAAAAUAAAUUAGAUGCAAGUAAAGGGUCAGAUGAUCUAACACUUCAAAAUAAGAACUCUGUUGAAAACCCCACUAAGGAUGAGCUCAGCUCAGUGAAUAUAGCAGAUGUUACUGAUGAAAAACAAAAGCUGAAAAAUUCAGACAGCUACCUUACAGUUGUUAGCUGUAACUCUCAGAUGACUGCCUUACUUCAGCAAUAUUCCAUGAUGUUAGUUAAUAACUUAGAAAGUUUGGUUGGAAGUACUGGUCCUGUUUAUGUCAACUUGAGACUCAAAGUGAGUGAACAUGAUCUAUAUAAACUGAGAGAAUAUGGACUAUCCAGACGUUUUGACCCUCAUGAAGUACAUGAGGUGCUGAGUUCCAUAUUACAAUAUGCUGAACCUGUAGAAGAAAAUCUGAUUCAGUUUUAUUGGCUGGAACAAAAAUUGGGAUUAUCUACAAGUAAUUUGCUCCUGAGUCUGUCAUUGACAUUUUUUCUUCUACUGCUUUUGAAAAUGAUACACAACUUAAUGUUUACCUUGAGAACUGUCACCCAGAUCCUCAUCAUUCUGUUUUUUCUGAGUGUUGUGUUCACAUGGAUAGCCAUGUAUCAGGAGAUUUUGGCAGACCAAGAUAGACUUUACAUGCAGAACUAUACUAGUGUUUGCCAACAGCCUAAAGAUCAGACAUUUUUGGAAAGAACAUGGAUUUUUGUCCAUUCUCAGUUCUCAUUCAAAGAUGACAAAUGUCAGGAAUUCUAUAAAUCCAUGUUUGUGAACCCCAUUGUAAAAGUCUCUCCAUUAGAGGCUGUUGCUGUAGCUGUGGUCAAGACAUUGGUCUCACCUGCACGCAUAGUUGGCUCAGCUAUUUCAGACUUUUUAACUGCUGUGCUUAAAGAUCUUCCAUUGCAAUACCAGUUCAUUGUGCUAGCAUUCAUAAUUGUGUUGAUCUUCCUCCUGAUCUUCAUUAUUGCAGGCUAUGAAAUAAACUCAUUUCUUAUAAGUAUUCAGAAAGCAAAAAAUAAUCAGCAACCAGCUGCAGUCCGAAAUUCAGAUCCCCCUGCUAUAGAAAACAUUAAGCCAUCUCCUAUUGAUGAACCAAACCCAAUGGUUUUAGCUGCUCCAGCUAGACACAAUUCUGUUCAUGCUAUUUCUGAAAUCCCAUCUGAUGCUACCAUUCAAAAGCCAGUUUAUGCUGUAUCUAGAACUAAUGCUACUCAUAUUGUGGAAAAUACGCAAUUCAACCAGAGAAGUGAAAAACAAUUUCCGCAAGUGCUGACAAAUCAAGUACCUCAUGCUAAUGAUAGACUUCAAACAACUGCUGAUACAUUACCUUCUGCUAACAAUAGACUUCAAAUAUCUUCUGAUACAGAACCAAGAGGAGAAAGUAAUCUACAUCCAAAGGUUUCUGAAAAAAUCCAAAAUCUCUCAAACCUUGUCCUUUCAAAGAGAGAUGAACCCAUUGAAGACAUUACAAAACAACAAGAGUCAAGUGUGAACUUUGAUUCAUCUGGUGACAAUAUAACCAAAAGAGUCCAAGAGCUAGACAUAACAAAUGUAGCGGAAGGUUCUGGAGAUAAACAUGUCAGUGGAUCAGACAACUAACUUUUCUCAAUCUCCUGUUGUCAGCUUCAAACAAGAAAAAGAAGGGAAAAAUCAGUUUUUCAGAAUAAGAUAGUCUCUGUGUAGUUUGCUUUGUAGUUCAUUUGUAAAAUAACUUUUGUGUAUUUGCUUUCUAAAUUAAGUAGAAUUAAGUGAUUUAAGUAAAAUGUUUACUCAUCAAUAGAAGAUUUAUUUUUUUUUUGUAAAUAAUUUAACAUAACCUGCAUUUUGUGCAUUUCAUUUAUUAUUUGGCUUGAGCAGUCAAAUUAAGUCAAAAAUAUGUAUUUUGGCUAAAUUUUGUUUUCAGCAAUACUGGUGUUCAUAAAUAGUAGAUUUAUUCAAGAUGUAUGUGCCUAAACUAAAACUAGAAACUUCAAGUACUAAGCCCUCAUCAGCUAUUGUCAUUUGUAUUCACAUUUACAGAAUUUGUGUACAUGUUGCUAUUUAGAAAAUGUGUACAUGUUGCUAUUUAGAAGUUGUGUAAAUUUUGAUAAUAGAAAAUGUGUACAUGUUGCUUAUGAAAAACUUUGAACACAUUUUGCUAAUGAAAAAGAAAUUGUGUAUAUGUUGCUAAAGAGAAAUUUUGUACAUGUUGAUUAGGAGAAAUUGAGUACAUGUUGCUAAUUUGCAAUUGAGUACCUUACAUUUGCUAAUUAGAAUUAAGCACUUGUUGCUACUGAGAAACUGAGUACAUAUAGCUUUAAGGUUGUGACUUUUGUAUUUCUGUUGUUUGAUGUAUCAUAAGCUCACACCUAAGUUUUUUUAAAGUAACUUUGCAUUCAUUCUUUAUUUCUUUCUUCUGUACACUGUCCCUAAUUUAAAUAAAAGAUUUCAAUGUUUCAUUUCACUGAUACAAAUAAUGUAUGAUUUCAGAAUAUCAUUUCAUAAGUUGUUCUUUUGUAGAUAAAAUAUUUGUGCCAACAAGAACUGUCUUCCCAAUGCUUCUGCGAAUGCAUUUUGUUUUCUUCCAUUAGCAAUGGAGGAUUGUGAUUGUUAUUUAAUAUUUGCUAUCUUAAUAUUGAAUUAAAUGAAACUAUAAUGAAA